AUGGAAGAAGUUUAUAAAAGCAUUCAAAAACCGUCCAAAUCUCAAAGAGAUACUGAAGAAACAAGACUAGAAGAAGCUUUAAAAAAUCCGAUGAAGCCCAUUAUAGAAGCUCAUACAGAGCUUCAAACCGCGUACAAAGAUUUAGACGUCAUAAUUGAUGAUGUCGUUUCGCGAAAUGAAUGAAUUUUAAACAGUAACUGCUAAGCAGAUAAAUACCUUGACCAUCUCCACCAGCAAGAAGCCAAGCUUCAUAAUCUCAAAGAAAAACUGGUCCAAGCCAACUUUGAGAUUGAAAAUAACCCAGAAGUAUACAGACUUAAUGAACAAAUGAAAAGCUACACAAAUCAAUAUGAGACACUGUCAAGAUUUAGUGCUCAGCUUAAAGCUCAAGAAAAUCAAUAUAGAAGUCAGUACUCAGAAGAAGAAAAACAAGUGAUGGAGUUAAAACAGACCUUAAAAGAACUAUCAAAAGAAAACUUAAAAUUAUCAUAUCAAUUAGAAGAAAUAAAGCCAAAAGAAAAAUCCUUACUCCCCCCACUCCGUGAGUGAACAAAACCAUUAGAAAAAUUGCUAUUUUUUGCCCAAAAACCCACCCUCCGUAAGUGAACAAAAAUUGUUUUAAUAGAAAAAUUUUUUAUGGAAAAAAAUUUUGAUAUAUAAGUGAUAGGUUAGGUUAGGUUUAAGAUGUGUAUUUAUAGUCCCUACUUCCAUGCGUGGCAUUCCUCCGCGCUCCUUGAGGAGCCGUGCUGGCACGAGCGAAAAGGAUGGACUUCCAUCACUGGCUCUCUGAGCUCAGGCCCGAAACCCCUGGUUCUCUCGGUAGUGGGUUGCCCUAUUGAGUCGUCAGCCGACUGUCGCUGGGCACCACCAUUUCCAAUUCAGCCUUCCGCCCCGAAUUACGCCAGUCUUAGCCUCCGGUUGGCCAGAUCGCCCUCGUAAGAGGACCCUUUUAACUGGAGAGACUUGUGCCCUUGAGAUCCCCAAGUCUAGCUUCGCCUCCCCUAUUUCCCGGAUCAUCUCCAAGAAAGAACUCAACCCCUGGCUAAGCCACCAAGUAACUUAGGCAGGUAACUCACCCUGCCUCUUUCGGACACCGAGUCUGAGCCUCGGCGCUACUGGCAAAAAGAAUGCGAAAAACUGCUGCCCCGGUCGAGUCCCAAAAUCAGCGGAAAUUGGGCUGGGCUUCUCGCCUCGAGGCUAACUCUUCCCUUGAGUAGCUCUCCGCAUCCAAAAACCAUGUCCGGUAUACAUAAGGACACCCGCCACGGAAGGACGGGUCGCUCGUCUCCGGCCAUUUUAUGUAUAUGAUAUAUAAGUGAUAAUUAGUAUAAUGAAAUCUAGAGCUAAUUCUGUUUAAUUUUAAACUAAUUGCUUUUUAAAACAUAAAUUUUAUAAAUUAAAUUAAUGUUUGCUUUCCAAUUUUUGCGAAUUAGGAUUUUUUUAAAUUUCGAAAUAAACUAUUUUUUAUAAAAUUUAUAUAUAAACUUUUGUUUAAAAAAAAAAACAUUAACCCCCCUCCUUGAGUGAAUAAAAUUUUUUUGUUCACUCACGGAGGGGGGGAGUUAGACAAUCUCAAGUCAAAAAUGCCUCAAAUUUUUUCAAAAUACUCUCAAAGCAAUCUUUCACAGAUCCCAACCGUUCAUUUUGAGCUGAUGAACCAGGAUCAGCAGCUUGAAUGCUAUCAUUUGAUAGAAGACGUUGAAAACCUUAAAAAAGAUAUAUAUAAAAUAAGAGACGAAAGCCAAAAUCUAGGAAGUCUCCAAGGAGCUUUCCUAAAUGAACAAAGAAAACUAGAACUUUUCUUCCAGGAAUGCUUAAACUCAGCCAAGCAAGAACUUUUAAAGAAUCAGCAGAUGCCACAAAUUUCAAAACAAGGGCUAGCAGGGUCCUUGUUUUUUGAACUUGUACAUAGCGAGCAAGCUAACAAUAGAACUGCUCCAACAGGCUUUUUAAAAGACAGAAGCAAAAGAAGUGCUUUGCAAGAAAGAGAUUGCAAAAAUGUUGUGUAUUACACUGUAAAAAGAAUGAUGAGAACUGCGAGGGAUGAGACGAGAAAUCAGCAGCUAUCUAAAUUAAAGCUGCCUUGAAAGGAUUUCCAUGAUUUCAGCACUUUGCAAUUGAUGGGACUUUUGUGCAUGAGAACUGAUAUUUUGAUGAUGCUACAUCAGACUGUAUUUCCUGCAAAUGUUUUGCAUUUGGUUGCAAGAGAAGAUGUUAGUCCUUCUCCAAAACCAACUCCGAAUCGUAAAUCAAGGGAUAAAAAGCGCCCACCUAGAGAGCUAUCAAUUAGAUCAUCAAAAAUUGGAAAAGAAUUGAUGAUGAAGCAUAGAGUGGCUUAA